AUGUCCGCUGCACAAGACUACAUGGACUGCGUCGAGCGCCACAAAGCUACAGCCCUUCGGCCUGUGACUAGACACAUCACCGGCCACAAUGCAGAAGGAAAAGCUAUCCUGCACUCUUCGAUUGAAGUGCCUCGCUCCUACCACAGCCAUGUUGCUUCGGGCCAGUCUUACCCAAUGUCCUUCAGUGUUGCCUACACGACCUCGCAGUUCCCGCCAGAUCUGAAUAAUGACGCCGACCUGGAAGCCCAUAAUAAGCUCAUCGCGUCAGGAAAUCUGGGCUUGGUGAACCCCGGUGGCUCGGUCUUCCGCAUUGUGGACUUUGCGCCCAAUAGCCCGGGCGCCGUUCACCGGACCCAAAGUCUUGAUUAUGGGAUCGUUUUGGAAGGUCAGGUUGAGAUGCUUUUGGAGGAAGGGGAGCCGGUCCUGUUGCAGCGAGGGGAUCAUGCUAUUCAACGUGCUACCAUGCAUGGCUGGCGGAAUCCGAGUACGACUGAGUGGGCACGGAUGGCAUUUGUGCUGCAGGACUGUAAGCCACUGACGGUGGGUGAGACUCGUCUGAAGGAGGACUUGGGUUCUAUAGCGGGCGCCAUUAAUUCGAGUGGAAAUGACCAGUGA